AUGCUACGAUCAGUUCCUCGUCGGAUUCUGCGACGCCUUCCUCACUCGCCGACCGCAGGCGGUCCGUCUCGUCUCGCCCUGCGCCCUUUCACAUGCGGUUACCUGCGGAUGUCGCCCUCGUCGCUCCCUCCCGUCCAGCCUCCCGUCUCAACUGCCUUGCCUAGCGAUUCCUACCAGCUCCUAUCGACCACCGAUAAAGCUGGAGCUGCGGAGGAUGCUCUAUACGAGCAGCAGAUCAAGGAUGUCGAGGAGUGGUGGGCCUCUCCCCGCUAUGAGGGAAUCAAGCGGCCGUACUCCGCCGCCGACGUUGUUAGCAAGCGGGGGUCAUUACAACAAACGUAUCCGAGUUCAUUGAUGGCGCGGAAGCUUUUCAACUUGUUGAAUGAACGAGCGGCGGAAAAUAAGCCAGUCCACACCAUGGGCGCAAUUGAUCCCGUACAAAUGACACAGCAAGCUCCUAAUCAGGAGGUCUUGUAUAUUUCCGGCUGGGCAUGUUCAUCGGUUUUGACGUCUACCAACGAAGUCUCUCCGGACUUUGGAGACUACCCAUACAACACGGUGCCGAACCAGGUUCAGCGAUUGUUCAAGGCCCAGCAGUUGCACGAUCGGAAACACUGGGACGCCAGAAGAAAGUUGACACCGGAGCAGCGAAAAUCGACUCCCUACGUCGACUACAUGCGACCGAUCAUUGCCGAUGGUGACACUGGACACGGCGGCUUGACUGCUGUCCUGAAAUUGGCCAAGUUGUUUGCUGAAAAUGGUGCUGCGGCCGUUCACUUCGAGGACCAGCUCCACGGCGGAAAGAAAUGCGGCCAUCUUGCUGGCAAAGUCCUGGUCCCGAUGGGAGAGCACAUCAACCGACUCGUUGCGGCUCGCUUCCAGUGGGAUAUGAUGGGUGUCGAGAACUUGGUCAUUGCGCGAACCGACUCUGAGAGCGGAAAAUUGCUCAGCAGUGCCAUUGACGUGCGUGACCACGAGUUUAUUCUCGGAGUUGCGGAAGACGUCGAGCCACUAGCAGAGACCCUUCAGGCUAUGGAACGGGAAGGGGCUGCUCCGGCUGAGAUUGACGCAUUCGAAUUGGACUGGGUUAAGAAUCACAAGCUUGUGACUUUUGACGAGGCCGUCGAUGCGCACCUCGAGGCCGAAGGUGCCUCCCAAGCCGCUCGCGACGCCUACAAGAAGCAUGUCACCGAGAACCCAGAUCUAUCUAUCUCGCGCCGUCGCGUUCUAGCCAGCGACUACACAAAGAAGCCAGUAGUCUGGUCAUGCGACAGCCCUCGCACCAGGGAAGGCUUCUACCACUACCGCGCCGGCUUCCCCGCAGCAACCAAGCGAGCCAAGGUGUUCGGUCCCUAUGCGGAUCUCCUCUGGGUUGAGACCGGUGACCCAGAUGUCGCCAAAGCCGCGAAGCUCGCAGACGAAGUGCGAGCCGUCCACCCCGGCAAGAAGCUCGUUUACAACCUGAGCCCGUCCUUCAACUGGAUGGGACAAGGCUUCGACGAGGCUUCCCUCAAGUCAUUUAUCUGGGAUCUCUCAAAGCACGGCUUCGUUCUCCAACUCAUUUCCCUCGCCGGUAUCCACUCCGGCGCCACUAUCACCGCCGAACUCUCCCGCGCCUUCAAGGACGAGGGCAUGCUCGCCUACGUCCGCCUCAUUCAGGCCCGUGAGAAGGAGCUGGGCGUGGAUGUCCUCACGCACCAGAAAUGGAGCGGUGCGCCGUACAUGGAUGGAAUCGUUGGAGCUAUUCAGAGCGGAAGCAGUAGUAGUAAGAGUAUGGGCGAGGGAAACACUGAGAAGGGUUUUUAG